AUGAGCAACCCUAUAUUCCUUCCUGCUACGGAAUCAAUGCAACAGCUAUGUCAACAGCAACGGGAAAGGGAGAUCCAGAGUAAGCGUGGUCCGCUGCGUGAAUAUAAAGCCACCACAACAGAUACCAAGAUUCUCUGUAAAUUCGAGAGGGAACAUGCCCCCAAUAUUCGACAACAAGCGCUGCAUGAAGGGAAAAUUGUCAGUAAAGCCCGAAAUUACGGACCUCGUGAACUUGACAAAGGGACGAUUGCGUCCCCUGAGCGUACUGUAACCGUCUUCAUACCGCUAGCGAUACAAACUACGGAUACGCAAAGGCAUCCUAGAGUCCUGUACCAACCCAACAAGCACAAAGCCGAGUACAGGCAACCCUUGACUUGGCAAAUUGGAAACCAUAUUCAAAUCCCAGGAAACAGUCGAAUCGUUGUAGAAGAAGGGCCAGUAUGCUUUGACAUGGUCCAAUACGAUUGGGAGCCAGCUCAGGACCAAGAGAGCAAGGAUGAAUAG